AUGGCGGAAGAGGAAAACGCACAAGGAACGCAGAGCGUCCCAGCAAACUUUUUCAACCCGUUGUCGGUACAACUGCCCGAAAAAUUUGACUUUCGGCACCCUCACUCGUGGAAAACCUGGUUCAUAAGGUGGGAACGUUACAGAAUCAUCACGGAGCUGCACCUCCGUCCCCAAGAAACCCAAGUAAAUACUUUCUUGUAUGCGAUGGGACGCGAAGGGGAAGACAUACUGUGCUCGUUGAAACUGACGCCGGAACAAAACAAAAGUUACGCUGCAGUCACAACGGCAUUCGAAAAGCACUUCGAGCCUCGAGUAAACGUCAUAUAUGAACGAGCAAAGUUCAACCGUCGUCGGCAGGAGUCCCAUGAGACCGUUGACGUUUUCAUAACGGAUCUGCACAAGAUGGCAGAUCGCUGCCAGUAUGGAGAACUAAAAGAACAACUGAUACGAGACCGUUUAGUCGUCGGUCUGUCAGAUGUUCAACUGUCGGAACGUCUUCAGUUAAACCCGGAAUUGACUCUGGAAACGGCAGUAACGGCAGCUAGAAACAGCGAGACAGUAAAGCUGCAGCAGAAGGACAUACGGGCCCAAGAUAAAGGCGAGCAAACCGUUGACGAAGUACGGGCAGGAAGGACCCGACCGCGCCAGGACAAGAAAAAGACGUCGCAGUCCAGCACGCGUUCAUGCGGGUGGUGCGGAAAUGCACGACCCCACAAACGACCUCAGUGCCCGGCGCACGACAAAAUCUGCAACAACUGUAAAAAAAAAGGUCAUUUUGCCUCAGUUUGCAAGUCUUCGCAAUUCCCCAAGACACCUCAAAAGAGUCAGCCCCACUAUAGCGCAGCACUGGAAGAGAUCUACGUGGGAGAAGUGCUUACAGAGUCGAGCUCCGAGCCAUGGAGGAUUCAAGCCACAGUGGGAGGAAGAGACAUCACAUUCAAAGUUGACACCGGGGCUGACGUAUCAGUAAUACCCCAAUGCCUGUACUCUAAAGAAAUGGGCGAGUUGAAGUACCCCACCAAAGUCCUUUUGGGUCCAGGUCAAAAUGCUAUGAACACCCUGGGGCAGGUAAAGACUAUAAUCAAGUGGAGACAUCAAACUGUACAGGAGGAGGUCUUUGUCGUCACUGGCUUACGGGAAGCCCUGUUAGGCCGACCCGGCAUCAAAGCACUGGAGGUCCUAAAGCACCUACAUGAAGUCUCCACAACACCGAGUGGAGUUUUGGAUGCCAAAGAAGUUCUUAAGGACUACCCCAAGCUCCUUUCAGGACUGGGACUGAUGAAAACUCCAUACAAGAUAACACUCCUGCCUGAGGCAAAACCUUACGCCGUAACCUAUCCGAGAAGAGUGCCCAUUCCACUCCUGCCCAACGUUGAAAAUGAACUCAAACGUAUGCAAGAACUGGGUGUGAUAGUCCGCAUAGACAGGGCUACUGAGUGGUGCGCCCCUAUGGUUGUAGCAAGGAAACGAGACGGCGAACUGCGUAUAUGCAUAGAUUACACUGAGCUCAACAGACAAAUAGUGCGAGAACGUGUGUUGAUGCCAACGGUCGAAGAAAGCCUGGCGAGACUUUCGGAGGCACAAAUCUUCAGCAAACUGGAUGCAAGAGCAGGCUACUGGCAGGCUCCUUUGGCCAGAGAGUCUCAGGAGUACACAACUUUCCUGACCCCCUUUGGGCGCUUCCAAUUCCAGAGACUUCCCUUCGGAAUAUCAACCGCACCAGAGUUUUUUCAACGUGAAAUGCACCGCAUCCUGGAGGGACUGGAAGGCCAAGCUUGCUUGCAAGAUGACAUAAUCGUCUUCGGUAGAACAAAGGAUGAGCACGACCAAAACCUUCAGAGAGUGCUUAGUCGCCUGCAGAAUGCCGGCAUCACUCUAAACACUAAGAAAUGUGCGUUUAGCAGGAAUGAGGUCAAAUUCCUUGGACAUAUCGUCUCAGAUCAAGGCAUCAAGGUGGAUCCCGAAAAACUCAAAGCCGUCAUACAGCUGCGACCACCGCAAAACGUUUCAGAAGUGCGGUCCUUCUUGGGUAUGGUGAACCAUUUGGCCAAGUUUCUUCCGGGACUUGCUGAGCAAAGCAAACCUCUCAGGGAUCUUCUCCGUCAAGACGCCAUGUGGCAGUGGGGUGAUGCACAGCAACGUGCCUUUGACCACAUCAAAGAAUCCCUCACUAAAACGCCAGUGCUUGUGCACUACAACCCACGUGAGCCACAUACACUCUCAGUGGAUGCUUCGUCAUAUGGGCUCGGGGCUGUCCUCUUACAGGAGACGCAGGGCCAGCGACGACCUGUCGCUUAUGCUUCCAGAGCUCUCACUGAAACGGAACAACGGUACGCCCAAAUAGAAAAGGAGGCCUUGGCCAUCACCUGGGCAAGCUCCCAUUUCAGAACUUAUCUCCUGGGCCUACGGUAUCACAUAGAAACAGAUCACAAGCCUUUGGUGCCUCUUCUCACCUCGAAGAGGAUCGACCAAUUAAGUCCACGUUUGCAACGGUUCCGCAUGCGUCUGUCGGAAUUUGAUUUUUCGGUGUCACACGUUCCUGGCAAGGACAUGCACACGGCCGAUGUACUCUCUCGGAGUCCUUUGGUAAAUAUAGACACUGAAGCUACAUGUGAUUUGGAAGAAGCAGUGAGUCAAUACGAGGUCUUGACGAUGGAACUUUUACCAGCAUCAGCCGACAUGCUCACACGCAUCAAGACCGAAACCGCGAAAGAUCCCACAUUAUCUCGAGUCGUUAAACACUGCUCCGAGGGCUGGCCCGACCAAAAAACUCUGCCUUGCGAGGAACGAAGAUAUGCAGAAUGCUCAGCUGAACUCUGCGUCGUGGAAGGGCUCCUGUUCAAGGGUGACCGAAUGGUCAUACCAUCUCUCCUCCGCAAGGAAGUGUUAUCCAACAUUCAUGCUGGACACCAGGGAGUUUCAAGAUGCAGAGCACGAGCAAGGACAGCAAUAUGGUGGCCAAGUAUAGGCGCUCACAUAGAAGACUUCGUACGCAGGUGUUCCAUCUGCCAGGAACACAGGAAACCAGGGCGAGCACCACUCCUCCUGACGCCACUUCCGGAACGACCGUGGGAGGAAAUAGGCAUGGACCUUUUCACACUACAAGGCGAAAACUACUUAGUAAUAGUGGACUAUUACUCACGUUUCUUCGAGCUCAUCAAGUUGAAAGCGACAACAACUACAGAUGUCAUCAGGGGUCUCAAGCCAAUAUUUGCGCGCUUCGGGGUUCCCGAUGUUGUACGAUCGGAUAACGGACCUCAAUUUGCGUCAGCAGAAUUUCGGGCGUUCAUGAAGGAGUGGAACAUCUUACACAGGACGUCAAGCCCUUACUAUGCUCAAAGCAACGGAGCAGCGGAGCGUACUGUGCAACUGGCCAAGCAGUUCCUAACAAAGACACCUGAAAUUGAACAAGCUCUGAUGGCACAUCGAGCCACACCGGGACCAGAGGGCUACACUCCCACUGAACUACUGAUGGGAAGAAAAAUAAAGACUAAUGUUCCAGCUCCUGCCAAAUCCCUAGAACCACACUGGCACUAUGAUGACUUCAGAGCUCGGAACCGUCAAUACAGAGAGGGCUAUGCAAAACAUUACAACAGACGCUACAGAGCGCAAGAGAGAGAACCUCUGCAGCCGGAUAGCAGUGUAAAGAUAUUGGUGGGAACUGCCGCACACGGAAAAAUUGUAAAAGCAGCAAAGGAACCAAGGUCCUACGUUGUGGAGACGACGUCGGGAUUACAGAGGCGCACGCAGAGCCAUCUCCAGCCCUUGGAACCAAAAGCGAACUGGCCUGUGCGGACAUGCGUCCAGGAACCAAGAUCAGGAAAUGGGACACCUAAGCGAACCCGUGGCGGCCGUACGGUUCGACCACCGGUGCGCUUGAACUUGUGA